UUUCCUGAAAGCAGGAAGCACCGUCUUAUUAUACGAAUACAAGCUGCUUGCUUAUCGGCUGUUGUCACAAUUAAAUCAGAAUUAGCUACGAUCAAUGAAAAUAUCGUAGUAUAGUUACAGCUACUUUGUUGGCUGUAACGUGAUUUAAUUGUAGUCAGUCUUUACUUAAAAAUGCCCCACCCCAGGAAAGGAAUGCCUUUCUACUCCCAUGCUUUCACUUUUGCGUCUUUAUUCUAUGCUUUUCGUUGGUCAACAACCAACAAACAAACGUUCUCUAUAGUUCUUCACUACUCCUACAGGAAGGACUCGCUUUCUCUUUCUGUCUUGAGGGAAUCAAUAAUAAUAAUAAUAAUAAAUAAAUAAAUAAAAAUGCCUCAAUUGGAUAAAUUGACUUAUUUUUCACAAUUCUUCUGGUUAUGCCUUUUCCUCUUUAUUUUCUAUAUUCCAAUAUGCAAUGAUGGAGAUGGAGUACUUGGGAUCAGCAGAAUUCUAAAACUACGGAACCAACUGCUUUCACACCGGGGGAACAACAUCCUGAGCAAGGACCCCAAGAGUUUGGAGGAUAUCUUGAGAAAAGGUUUUAGCACCGGUGUAUCCUAUAUGGACUUUACUUUAUUCGAAGUAUCCAAAUGGUGUAAGGCUGUCGACUUAUUGGGAAAAAAGAGGAAAAUAACUUUGAUCUCUUGUUUCGGAGAAAUAAGUGGCUCACGCGGAAUAGAAAGAAACAUAUUCUAUUUGAUCUCGAAGUCCUCCUAUAGCAAUCCUGGAUGGGGGAUCACUUGUAGGAAUGACAUAAUGCUAAUAAACAAUUGGCCAACGAAACAUGUCCAAGAUUGCCACUAUUGCAAGAAGCCGGGUCACAUGAUUGCAGACUCUCGAAAGCGGCAGAAUGCAAACUCUCGUCGACAGUCAGACACAGCUCAUCUUGCCGCUCUCCCAGAGACGCCUACAGAAUCGGAAACUUUCCAAUCCCCUUACUCCAUAGGGCCUCUGAAGCAUUACUUCUAUGAUCUUAGGAGCACUCCCACGCCCGACACAGAUAGUUUUACCCCACGACAGCGGAAGCAGAUUCAGAGGUUGAAUCCGUCUUGUCAUAUCUCUUCCUCCUCUGCAACAGGUAUUUGCUCCCCCUUAUGCUUACAACAUAGGGGGCUGCUUACUUUCUUCGGGUGCAUCGAAGAAUAUGACUGGUGA